AUGCUGAAAACGACCCUCACUGUCUUUGGAUUUGCUGCAGCUGACCUCUUCGAGAUUGGCUUGGAGGGAAAAGGCUUUGAGCCAACACUGGAAGCUCUUUUUGGGAAACAAGGAUUUUUCCCAGACAGUGUCAACAAAGCUUUGUACUGGGUUAAUGGCCAAGUUCCUGAUCAUGUCUCCAAGGUCUUAGAGGACCACUUUGGCUACACCAAAGAUGAUAAACGUGAGCAGGACAUGGUAAAUGGAAUUAUGCUCAAUGUUGAGAAUCUGAUUAAAGAUUUGAAAUCCAAAGACGUCCCAGAAGCCAGAGCCUACCUCCGCAUCUUGGGAGAGGAGCUUGGCUUUGCCAGGCUCCGUGACCUGAAGUUCCUGGGAGAGCUGCUGCUGAUCAGCGCGCGCACUCUGCAGGGGAUCCCCCAGAUGAUUGCAGAGGCCAUAAGGCAGGGUUCCAAGAAUGACUUUUUCCUUCACUACAUCUUCAUGGACAAUGCCUUCGAGCUCCCCACCGGAGCUGGAUUACAGCUGCAGAUGUCUUCAUCUGGAGUCAUCACUCCCGGAACCAAGGCUGGAGUGAAAUUGGAAGUAGCCAAUAUGCAGGCCGAACUGGUGACAAAACCCUCUGUGUCUGUGGAGUUUGUAACAAAUAUGGGCAUGAUCAUCCCAGACUUUGCUAGGAGCGGGGUCCAAAUGAACACCAACUUCUUCCAUGAGUCAGGCCUGGAGGCUCGUGUUUCCCUCAGAGCUGGGCAGCUGAAGUUUAUCAUUCCUUCUCCAAAGAGGCCGGUCAAGCUGUUCAGUGGCAGAUUCGAGCUGGAACUGAAGCCUACGGGAGAGGUAGAGCAGUAUUCUGUCAGCGCAACCUAUGAGCUCCAGAAAGAGGACAGCGCCUUGGUGGACACCUUGAAGUUUGUAACUCAGACAGAAGAUGGACUCAUCUGCCACAGCUUAUGGCUCAACCGUUUCCAAGAGGGUGGCGUGGCGUUACGUGAUGGCCGGGUCAAAUAUACUUUGAACAAGAACAGUAUGAAAAUUGAGAUUCCGUUGCCUUUUGGUGGCAAAUCCUCCAAAGAUCUAAAGGUGCUAGAGACUAUUAGGACACCAGCCCUCCACUUCAAGCCCAUGGAAUUCCACCUGCCAGCUCAAGAGUUCCAAGUUCCUGCUUUCACCAUUCCCAAGUCAUAUCAACUGCAAGUGCCUCUCCUGGGUGUUCUAGACCUCUCCACGAAUGUCUACAGCAACUUGUACAACUGGUCCGCCUCCUACACUGGUGGUAACACCAGCACAGACCACUUCAGCCUUCAGGCUCGGUACCACGUGAAGGCAGACUCUGUGGUUGACCUGCUUUCCUACAGUGUGCAAGGAUCUGGAGAAACAACGUAUGACCACAGGAAUACGUACACGCUAUCAUGUGAUGGGUCUCUACACCACAAAUUUCUAGAUUCCAAUAUCAAAUUCAGUCACGUAGAAAAAGUUGGAAACAGCCCCGUCUCGAAAGGUUUACUAACAUUUGAUGCAUCUAGUGCCUGGGGACCACAGAUGUCUGCUUCGGUCCAUUUGGGUUCAAAAAAGAAACAGCAUUUGUAUGUCAAGGAAGUCAAGAUUGAUGGGCAGUUCAAAGUCUCUUCGUUCUACGCUAAAGGCACAUAUGGCCUGUCUUGUCAGAGGGAUCCUGCCACUGGCCAGCUAAAUGGAGAGUCCACUCUGAGGUUUAACUCCUCCUACCUCCAGGGCACCAACCAGAUAACAGGAAGAUAUGAGGAUGGAACCCUCUCCCUCACCUCUACCUCUGAUCUACAAGGUGGCCUCAUUAAAAAUGUUGCUUCUCUGAAAUACGAGAACUAUGAGCUGACUCUGAAAUCAGACACCAAUGGGAAGUACAAGAACUUUGCCACUUCUAACAAGGUGGAUCUGACCUUCUCCGAGCAAAAUGCAUUGCUGCGCUCUGAGUACCAGGCCGACUACGAGUCAUUGAGAUUCUUCACCCUGCUUUCUGGAUCACUAAAUUCCCACGGUCUUGAAUUAAAUGCUGACAUCUUGGGCACUGACAAAAUUAAUAGCGGUGCUCACAAGGCAACACUAAGGAUCGCCCAGGGUGCAGUAUCUACCAGCGCAACUACCAACUUGAAGUAUAGUCCCCUGGUGCUGGAGAAUGAGCUGAAUGCAGAGCUUGGCCUCUCGGGGACGUCUGUGAAAUUAACAACAAGUGGCCGCUUCAGGGAACACAGUGCCAAAUUCAGUCUAGAUGGAAAAGCCGCCCUCACAGAGGUGUCCCUGGGAAGCGCUUAUCAGGCCAUGAUUCUCGGUGUCGACAGCAAAAACAUUUUCAACUUCAAACUCAGCCGAGAAGGACUUAAGCUCUCAAACGACAUGAUGGGCUCGUACGCCGAGAUGAAACUUGACCACACGCACAGCCUAAACAUCGCAGGCUUAUCCCUGGACUUCUCUUCAAAACUCGACAACAUUUAUAGCUCUGACAAGUUUUACAAGCAAAAUUUUAAUUUACAGCUACAGCCCUAUUCUCUGGUAACUACUUUAAACAAUGACCUGAAAUACAGUGCUCUGGAUCUGACCAACACUGGGAAAUUGCGGCUUGAACCCCUGAAGCUGAAUGUGGGUGGUAACCUAAAAGGAGCCUAUCAAAAUAAUGAAAUAAAACACAUCUACACCAUUUCUUAUGCUGCCUUAUCAGCAAGCUAUAAAGCAGACACUAUAGCUAAGAUUCGCGGUGCGGAGUUUAGCCAUCGGCUCAGCACAAACGUUGCUGGGCUGGCUUCAGCCCUUGACGUCAGCACAAACUAUAAUUCAGACUCACUGCAUUUCAGCAACGUCUUCCACUCCGCAAUGGCCCCGUUUACCAUGGCCAUCGACACACAUACAAACUGCAAUGGGAAACUAGCUCUCUGGGGAGAACACACGGGGCAGCUGUACAGCCAAUUCCUGUUGAAAGCGGAACCUCUGGCCCUCACUUUCUCUCAUGAUUACAAAGGAUCCACGAGUCACCAUCUCAUGUCUAGGAAAAGCAUCAGUACGGCUCUGGAUCACAAAGUCAGCACCCUGCUUACUCCAGCUGAGCAGACAGGUACCUGGAAACUCAAGACCCAAUUUAACAACAACGAAUACAGCCAGGACUUGGAUGCCUACAACACUAAAGACAAAAUCGGCGUGGAGCUCAAUGGACGAGCCCUGGCUGACCUCACUGUACUAGACUACCCAAUUAAAGUGCCACUUGUACUCAGUGAGCCAAUCAAUGUCAUUGAUGCUUUAGAGAUGAGAGAUGCUAUUGACAAGCCCCAAGAAUUUACAAUUGUUGCUUUUGUGAAGUAUGAUAAAAACCAAGAUGUCCACACCAUCAACCUCCCAUUUUUUAAAACCCUGCCAGAAUAUUUUGAGAGGAAUCAAAGAAUAAUUAUAACUGUACUGGAAGUCAUCCAGAAAGAAUUGAAGCGCAUUGAUAUUGAUCAAUUUGUGAGGAAAUACAGAGCAGCCCUGAGCCAGCUCCCACAGCAAGUUAAUGAUUCUCUGAAUUCAUUCAGUUGGAAGAGACAAGUUUCAAGUGCCAAGGAGAAACUGACUGCUUUCACAAAAAAAUAUGGAAUUACAGAAAAUGAUCUACAAACUGUAUUGGAUAAUGCCAAAAUCAACUUUAAUGAAAAACUGUCUCAAAUGCAGACAUAUGUGAUACAAUUUGAUCAGUAUAUUAAAGAUAAUUACGAUUUACAUGAUCUUAAAAUAACUGUUGCUAAGAUUAUUGACCUAAUCAUUGAAAAAUUAAAAAUUCUUAAUGAACAUUAUCCUAUCUGUGUAAAUUUAGAAAAAACAAUCCAUGCUCUAUAUUCGUUUAUUGAAAAUAUUGAUUUUAACAAAACUGGAAGUAGUACUGCAUCUUGGAUUCAAAAUGUGGAUACUAAGUAUCAAAUCAGAAAGUGGAUACAAGAAAAACUGCAGCAACUCGAGGCACACAUUCAGAAUACAGACCUCGAGCACUUUGCUGGAAAGUUAAAACAACAGGUUGAGGCUACUGAUGUCAAAGUCCUUUUAGAUCAAUUGAGAACUACAAUUCCACUUGGAAGAAUACAUGAUGUUCUUGAGCAUGUCAAAUAUGUUGUAGAUCUUACUGGAGAUUUUGAGGUAACUGAGAAAAUCGAUGCUUUUAGAGCCACAGUCUACAAGUUAAUUAAGGCAUAUGCAGUAGACCAGCAAAUCCAGGUUUUAAUGGAUAAAUCAGUCCAGUUGGCCCACCAAUACAAGUUGAAGGAGAGUGUUCAGAAGCUAAGCAAUGUCCUACAACAAAUUGAGAUAAAAGAUUACUUCGAGAAAUUGAUCAGGUUUAUUGAUGAUGCUGUCAAGCAGCUUGAUGCGCUGUCUUUAAAAAAAUUCGUUGAAGAAGUUAACAAAUUCCUUGAUAUGUUGGUAAAGAAAUUAAGGUCAUUUGAUUACCACCAGUUUGUAGAUGAAACCAAUAACAAAAUCAGUGAGGUGACUCAGAGAAUCAAUGGUAAAAUUCAGGCUCUGGAACUACCACAGAAAGCUGAAACACUAAAACUGUUUGUAGAGGACACCAAGACCGUGGCCUCAGAGUAUCUGGAAAGCCUAAAGGACAUCAAAAUAACCUUAAUCAUUGAUUGGUUACAGGAUGCUUUAGAUUCAACAUCUUUGACUCACAUGAAAGCCAAAUUCCAAGAGACCUUGGAAGAUAUACGAGACCGAAUGUAUCAAAUGGACAUUCAGCAAGAACUUGAGCGAUACCUGUCUCUGGUGGGCCAGGUCUACAGCACACUUGUCACCUACAUUUCUGACUGGUGGAAUCUUGCUGCUAAGAACCUUACUGACUUUGCAGAGCAGUAUUCUAUCCCAGAUUUGGCUGAAAGCGUGAAAGCAUUGGUAGAACAAGGGUUCACUGUUCCCGAAAUCCAGACUGUCUUUGGCACCAUGCCUACCUUCGAAGUCAGUCUUCGGGCUCUUCAGGAAGCUACCUUUCAGACACCUGACUUCAUGGUCCCCCUAACAGAUUUAAGGAUUCCAUCCGUUCAGAUAAACUUCAAAGAGUUGAAAGAUAAAAAAAUCCCAUCCAGAUUUUCCACGCCAGAAUUUACUAUCCUCAAUAUCUUGCACAUUCCUUCCUUUACCAUUGACUUAGUAGAAAUAAAAGCAAAGAUCAUCAGAACCAUUGACCAAAUGCUGAACAGUGAGCUGCAGUGGCCAGUUCCAGAAGUAUAUCUGAGGGAUCUCAAGGUAGAGGACAUUCCUUUUGGUAGAAUCACCCUGCCAGAUUUCUAUUUACCAGAAAUCACAAUUCCAGAAUUCGUAAUCCCAAAUCUCAACCGUAAUGAUUUUCAAUUUCCUAACAUUCACAUACCAGAAUUCCAGCUCCCCCACAUCUCACACAGUAUUGAAGUACCUGCUUUUGGCAAGCUAUAUAGCAUUUUGAAAAUCCAGUCUCCCAUUUUCACAUUGGACGCAAAUGCUGACAUACAGAAUAUAACUACUUUGGCAAACAAAGCAGAUAUUGCAGCUUCCAUUGCUGCCAAAGGAGAAUCCAAAUUAGAAGUUCUCAAUUUUGAUUUUCAAGCAAAUGCACAACUCUCAAGCCCUAAGAUUAAUCCACUGGUUCUGAAGGAAUCUGUGACAUUCUCCAGCAAGUACCUGAGAACAGAGCAUGCGAGUGAAAUGCUAUUUUCUAGAGAUGCUAUUGAGGGAAAAUCAGACACAGUGGCAAGUUUAUACACAGAAAAAAAUACACUGGAGGUUAAUAAUGGUGUGCUUGUCAAGAUAAACAAUCAGCUUACCCUGGAUAGCAAUACUAAGUACUUCCACAAAUUGAACAUCCCCAAACUGGACUUCUCUAGUCAGGCUGACCUACGCAACGAAAUCAAGACACUGUUGAAAGCUGGCCACAUGGCAUGGACUUCUUCAGGAAUAGGGUCAUGGAAAUGGGCCUGCCCCAAGUUCUCAGAUGAGGGAAUACAUGAAUCACAAAUUAACUUCACUGUGAAAGAACUCAUGACUUACUUUGGAUUAUCCAAUAGGAUCAAUAGCAAACACCUAAGAGUAAACCAAAACUUGGUUUAUGAAUCUGGCUUCCCCCACGUUUCUAAAUUUGAAAUCCAGUCACAAGUUGAAUCCCAGCAUGUGGGCCGCAGUAUUCUAACUGCUAAAGGCACAGCGCUGUUCAGGGAAGGGAAAGCAGAGAUAACUGGUAACCACGAUGCUCAUUUAAAUGGAAAAGUUAUUGGAACUUUGAAAAACUCUCUUUCUGUUUCAGCCCAUUCAUUUGAGAUUACUGCAUCCACAAACAAUGAAGGGAAUUUGAAAGUUAGUUUUCCAUUAAAGUUGACAGGGAAGAUAGACUUCCUGAAUAACUAUGCUCUGUUUCUGAGUCCUAGUGUCCAGGAAGCAAGUUGGCAAGCAAGUGCUAGGUUCAAUCAGUAUAAGUACAAUCACAACUUCUCUGCUGGAAACAACAAGAACACCAUCGAGGCCCACGUGGGAAUAAAUGGAGAAGCUAACCUGGAUUUCUUAAACAUUCCUUUAACAAUUCCAGAAAUGACUCUACCUUACACAAUAAUCACAACUCCACCACUGAAAGAUUUCUCCUUGUGGGAAAAAACAGGCUUGAAGGAAUUCUUGAAAACAACAAAGCAAUCAUUUGAUUUAAGUGCAAAAGCUCAGUAUAAGAAAAACAAAGACCAACUUUCCAUCACAAAUCCUUUGUGUGUGUUUUAUGAGUUUAUCAGUCAGAAGUUCAAUUCCUUUGACAGUCAUUUGGAGAAAGCCCAAGACAAUGCAUUAGAUUUCCUCACCAAAUCCUAUAAUGAAGCAAAAAUUAAGUUUGAUAAGUACAAAGUUGAAGAAUCCCAGAACAACCUCCCUAGGACCUUUCAAAUUCCUGGAUACACUAUUCCAGUCAUCAAUAUUGAAGUGUCUCCAUUCACAGUAGAGAUGUUGGAAUUUGGCUAUGUGAUCCCAAAAGCAAUCAGCACCCCUAAUUUCACCCUCCUGGGUUCUGACUUCUAUGUGCCUUCAUACACGUUAGUCCUGCCAUCCCUAGAGCUGCCAGUUCUUCGUAUCCCUAGGAAUCUUCUCAAGCUUUCUCUUCCAGAUUUCAAGGAAUUGGGUACUGUAAACGAUAUUUUUAUUCCAGCCAUGGGCAAUAUUACCUAUGAUUUCUCCUUUAAAUCAAGUGUCAUCACACUGAAUACCAAUGCUGGACUUUAUAAUCAAUCAGAUAUUGUGGCUCAUCUCCUCUCUUCCUCUUCAUCUGUCAUUGAUGCACUGCAAUACAAAUUAGAAGGCACCUCAAGUUUGACAAGAAAAAGAGGGUUGAAGUUAGCCACAGGUCUGUCCUUGAGCAACAAAUUCGUGGAAGGCAGUCAUAACAGUACUGUUAGCUUAACCAAGAAAAACUUGGAAGCAUCGGUAACAACAACUGCAAAAGUCCAAAUUCCAAUUUUGAGAAUGAAUCUCAAGCAAGAACUUAAUGGAAAUACCAAGUCAAAACCUACUGUCUCUUCCUCCAUUGAGUUAAAGUAUGAUUUCAAUUCCCCACAGCUGCUGUCUACUGCUCAGGGGGCAGUUGACCACAAGCUAAUCUUGGAAAGCCUCGCCUCUUACCUUUCCAUAGAGUCAUCUACCAAAGGAGAUGUCAAGGGUUCAGUCCUUUCACAGGAAUAUUCAGGAACUAUUGCCAGUGAGGCCAGCACUUAUUUUAAUUCCAAGGGCACUCGGUCUUCAGUGAAGCUACAAGGGGCUUCCAAAGUUGAUGAUAUCUGGAAUUUUCAAGUAAAAGAAAAUUUUGCUGGAGAAGCCACUCUCCAACGCAUUUAUGCUGUCUGGGAACGCAAUAUGAAAAACCACUUACAGCUAGAGGGCCUCUUUUCUUCACAUGGGGAACAUACAAGUAAAGCCACCCUGGAACUCUCUCCAUGGAAAAUGUCAGCCCUUGUUCAGGUCCAUGCAAGUCAGCCCAAUUCCCUCCUUAAUGUCCCUUCCCUUAGCCAGGAAGUGGCCCUGCAUGCCAACACUAAGAACCAGAAAGUCAGCUGGAAAAGUGAGGUCCAGGUUCAUUCUGGGUCUGUCCAGAACCACAUAGAGCUUUCCAAUGACCCAAAAGAGGCACACCUUGACAUUGCAGGAGCCUUAGAAGGACACCUAAGUUUCCUUAAAUAUGUCAUGCUACCAGUUUAUGAAAAGAGCUUAUGGGACCUUCUCAAGCUGGACAUAACCACCAGCAUUGACAGGAGACAGUAUCUCCAUGCUUCAACUGCCCUUGUGUACACCAAAAACCCCAAUGGCUAUCCUUUCUCGGUCCCCGUGAAAGUUCUGGACAAUGAAUUCAUCAUCCCUGGGCUGAAACUAAAUGAUCUAAAUUCAGUUCUUAUCAUACCUGCAUUCCAAGUCCCAUUUACAGAUCUUCAGGUUCCAUCCUACAAACUUGACUUAAGUGAAAUAAAAAUCUAUAAGCAGCUAAGAACUUCAUCAUUUGCCCUCAACCUACCAACACUACCCAAAGUAGAAUUCCCUGAAGUUGCUGUGUUAACAAAAUAUUCUCAACCAGAAGAUUCCUCAGUUCCCUUUUUUGAGAUCACUGUGCCUAAAUCACAGUUAACUGUGUCCCAGUUCACCUUUCCAAUAAGUAUUUCAGUUGGCAAUGCUGUUUGGGAUCUAAAUGAGAUGGCCAGCAAGAUUGCAGACUUCGAGUUGCCCACCAUCAUCAUGCCUGAGCAGACUGUUGAGAUCCCUGCCAUUGAGUUCUCUAUACCUGCUGGGAUUUUCAUUCCUUCCUUUGGAGCACUGACUGCACGCUUGGGGGUGGCCUCUCCCUUGUAUAAUGCUACGUGGAGUGCUGGUUUGAAAAACAAAGGAGAUCAUGUUGAAACAUUCCUGGAUUCCACGUGCAGCUCAACCAUACAAUUCCUGGAAUAUGACAUAAAUGUUGUGGGAACACACAAAAUUGAAAAUGGCAUGUUAGUCUGUAAGACCAAAGGAGCGUUUGCGCACCGUGACUUCAGUGCGGAGUAUGAAGAAAACAGCAAAUAUAAAGGACUUCAGGAAUGGAAAAGAGAAGUUCAUCUUGACAUCACCAGCCCAGCCUUCACGGAUCUCCAUUUCCGCGAGAAAGCCGCAGCCUCCCCAGCCAUAGGCACUGUGGGCAUAGACUUAGAAAAAGAUGAUGAGUUUUUAAAAUGGAACUUGUACUACCGUAGCCCUCAGUCCUCUCCAGAUAAAAAAUUCACCAUAUUCAAAACUGAGUUGAGGUACCAGGAAUCCAAUGAGGAAAUUCAGAUCAAAGUUAAUUGGGAAGAAGGGGCACCUUCUAGAUUGCUAACCUCCCUGAAAGACAAAGUGCCCAAGGCCACAGGGGCCCUUUAUAACUAUGUCAACAAGUACCACCAGGAGCACACGGGACUCACCCUGAAAGAUGCUUCUUCCAAGGCAAGAAGAAGUCUGCAGAACAAAGCUGAGUGGGCCUAUCAAGGGGCUAUGAGACAAAUUGAUAAGAUGGACACACAGCUCUGGAAAGUAGCCAAUGACGCCACUGAAACCUACCAGGAGUGGAAGGACAAGGUCCAGACUUUGUACCUCAAGGCUAACGUGUUUGACAGUUUAUUACGAAUUACUCAAGAAUACCGUAUGACAGUCCAACGUCUGAUUGACUCAUUCAUUACUUUCCUGAACUCCACCAGAUUCCAGCUCCCAGGGAAAGCUGGGAUGUACACUAGAGAUGAACUCGGCACUAUGGCCAUGAGGGAAGUAGUGGAGGUACUGUCCCGGAUACAUUUAAAUGUCCAUAAUGGGUUAGAAAUACUGCUGUCCUAUUUCCAAGACCUAGUGGAGAAAUCCGAAUUAAUCAAGGACCUAAAGAUUAAAUUUCCCUUUGUUUUAAGGAGAUAUGAUCUAAUAGAUAUAAUCCUGGGGUGUAGAAAAUUGUUAAAAUCUUCAUCACAAGAUGUCCAAAAGGCAUUGAAUGACCUCCAGUCUGUCAAGAUCACAAAGAUGCUAAGUGAUCUUCAGGACAUUUUACAAAGAGUUUUCCAAGAGAUAGAAGGAAAAAUUAAACAUUUAAAGAAGAAAUUUACUUAUCUCACUAAUGAUAUUCAACAGGAAAUCAACACAAUCUUCAACAAACAUAUUCCAUAUGCUUUUGGAUUCCUGAAAGAAAUCAUAUACCUUGACUUUGUUAAGUUCCAUGAACUUGUUCAAAACAAACUUGAGGAAACUUCCCAAGAGUUACAGCAGAUCCAGCAGUACAUAAAGGCUCUUCGUGAAGAAUAUUUUGAUUCAAGUGUAGUCGGCUGGACAGUGAAAUAUUAUGAACUUGAAAAAAAGAUAGUCAACCUGAUCAAGAACCUAGUACUCGCCCUUAAGGACUUCCAUUCCAAAUAUACUGUCAGUGCUGCUGGCUUUGUUUCCCAGCUCUCAGGUCAAGUUAAGCAAAGUAUGUACAGAGCUGUCCAGGAAUAUCUUAGUAUCCUUACUGAUGCAGAUGGAAAGGGGAAAGAGAAGAUUGCAGAGCUUUCUGCCACUGCUCAGGAAAUAAUUAAAAGCUUGACUGUUGCAAUGAAGGAAAUCAUUUCUGAUUACCACCAGCAGUUUAGAUAUAAACUGCAGGAUUUCUCAGACCAAGUCUCUGAUUACUAUGAAAAAUUCAUUGCUGAGUCCGAAAGAUUGAUUGACCUGUCCAUUCAAAACUACCACAUGUUUCUGAGAUACAUCACUGAGUUACUGAAAAAGCUGCAAUCAACCACAGCUAUGAGCCCCUACAUAAAGCUUGCUCCGGGAGAACUUACUGUCACCCUCUAAUUUAAAAAGCAAUCUUCAUUUAUUCUUUUCCAAUUAAACCUUCACAUGGUAGGGAAAAAAAUCAAGCUGUAUUUACUGAGCUAGCCCUGCAACAGGCAGCUGACUAUGAGCAGAAACACACAUGAAUUGAACCUGCAUCGAGGCUGGCAUAGGGGCUCUGAAAGUCUCUGAACUCAGCGGGGAUGACAUUUUCUACAAGUCAGAGAAAUUCAGGAUCUUAGUUAUUUUGUUAAACUUGUGGGGAGGGGGGACCAAUAAAUGGAGUCUUUACUGUGUA